AUGCCUCGUAAAUCACUUAAUCUCGUUCUCGACUUUGACGGGACGAUCACGAUAAAGGACACGAUUGGAAUCUUGGCAGACAUUGCCCUACGGUUUCAGCACGAGCGCGGCAUUGAUCUUUCUUCGGCGUGGCAGCAGAUACUCAAAGACUACAGCCAUGAUCAUGCUGAUCAUGUCUCCAAGUACAAGCCUGGCGAAUACGAGCGCAUCAGUCUUGCUGAUGAACUCGCCUACCUGCGUGGUCUAAGGGAAGUCGAGCUGCGGUCCGUCCAGCGUGUGGAGAAGUCUGGGUUGUUUCGGGGUAUCACAAGAGAGGAUCUCGAAAAAGCUGGAAACGCCGCGAGGAUGGAAGGAUCGGUCAAGCUCCGUGAUGGUUUCGUAGAAUUGAUGCACAUGGCCAAGGCGAAUGGAUGGUCCGUCUCUAUUGUUUCUGUCAACUGGUCAAAAUCCUUCAUCAGCGGGGUCUUGUCGGACUACGGCUUUGUCGUCGUCGCCAACGAAAUCGAGACCGAUGGGAGUAUCUCGGGGCCGGGUGAGCUCGGCCCGCCGACGCGAGAUACCAUCCUAACGACAUGCGAUGACAAGCUGCGCGCUUUGCGUGCUUUGACUGGCCCAGAGAGAGCGGAGGAUGCUGAGAGGUUGGUCUACUUUGGCGACUCUACAUCGGACAUCGAGUGUCUGUUGGAGAGUCGUGGCAUCGUGGUGUCGUCGAGUCCGGACUCGGGCUUGAUGAAGACCCUGCGGAGAGUGGGAUACGACGUGCCGCGGGUGCAGGAACGCCAGCCGUCCAGUGGCAUCGUAUGGGCCUCGACAUUUGUGGAGGUUUUGAAGAGUGGUUUCCUGCCUCUCAGAGAUGACUAG